CAAUGCAAUCGGACGGAAUUACAAGAGGCCCGCUGGCAAGACUAAGUAAAUAUAGCAUGGAGCGGAUCUCCAGGACCGUUCUCGAGAGUCGGCAGAAGCUGCAGGCUCUUAAGGACGUUCUGCGAAAGGAACAGGAAGCCAUGGAUUUGGUCUGGCUGGAAUUCGUGCAGUUCUUAGACUCCGCGGACCAGCAAGGUUUUCUGCGCUGGAUGCUCACACUUGAAUCCAUGUGCUUUACUUACAACGUGGAAGAAGAGGUCGAAAAGGACGAAUGUUUCGAAUUUUUAAGUGACAAUGACGAAAAUAACGCUUGGUCGCAAACUUUAAAUGAAUGGUUGCUUGAGGAAAGAAAUACGGCGACUGGUGGUGAAAUAAUUAUUCCAAGCGUCAACGGUCGUGUUGACACCCUCGACUGGACCCUGAACGACCUGAUUCUGCUCAUCAAAGCCGUCAAUAUCUUUCCGCGCCGCUUGAAACAAAGAUGGGAGUCAGUUGCCCAGUUUGUCAACCAGAACACUUGCUCGAGCAAUCAACGCCUGGUCACUGAAGUCAAGUCCAAGGCGAAGAGCAUGCGAUUAAUGAAGAAGCGCACCGGCAAAAAGAGAUCCAAAUUGCUGCCAAACUGUGUAAGACACAAGAAGAGCAGGGACUAUUAUGGGGAUGUGUAUGGCGGGAGGGCAGGAUUCGACUGUUCCAGAAAAAAGUCGAACAAGCAGCAGUCUAAAUGAACACUAUUAAAGACUGAAGUCAUUAGUCUAUCCAAACAGUAAUA